GAGGGACGUGUGACCCUCCUCUCGCCUCACCAGCAAGCGGAUGUGCUGUGCUUGUCAUUUCUUGCCACCUUUUUUCAGCUGCUUGUCUGAACGUCACCUGACAAGUGCUGAAAUACAAAGUAUAUGCACUUCUGCUUGCUUGUGGGAUGAGUCAGGAAGUAAGGAAAUAAAUCGAUAUACGGAAACUGUGGCCCAGUUGAUAAGAGACAUCCGGCUAUCUGCGAAGAAGCGACUGACAUGAUUGAAAAGACUGAGGAAUGAACAUUUGUCACCUGCUGGCAGUGCCGACGAGGUCCCCUGAACAAAGACAAAGGUGACCUCGAAAAAGCUUGCUACGGGAGACGGAGCGAUCGGCCACGACGCGUCAAAAUGACGGAAAAGCCCAAACUUUAAGAACGCCGUGCGGCGGCUUUGACGAGGUUGAUGCUGUCGCGCUUCUCCGGAGCAGAAGAGAACCCAUCAGACCAAAUGUCUGUCAAGUGCGUCUUGGUCGGGGACUGCGCGGUGGGAAAGACGGCCCUCCUGGUCAGCUUCGCUUCAGGAACCUUCCCCGACACCUACAAGCCCACGGUGUUCGACAACACCGGGGUGGAGGUGUACACGGACGGUGCUUUGAUCAGUCUGGGCCUGUGGGACACGGCGGGCCGGGACAGCUUCAGGCAGAUCCGACCCCGAUCCUACCAGCAGGCCGACGUGGUGCUCGUCUGCUACUCCGUGGCCAAUCCCAACUCUCUGGCUAACGUGCGGAGCAAGUGGAUGGCGGAGGUUCGGGAGAACUUGCCCACGGCGCCGGUGCUGGUGGUGGGCACCCAGACGGACCUGCGGGAGUCGGCUUCGCAUCGGGGCGGCUGCGUGUCCGCGGCGGACGGGAGGCGCGUGGCUCAGGAGGUGCGCGCCAAAGGCUACCUGGAGUGUUCGUCCUUGACCAAGCGAGGAGUCCAGCAAGUGUUCGAGUGCGCCGUGCGGACCGCCGUCAGCCACGACAGGAAGCGGGCCGCGCGACGUAUGUUCAGCAUGGACCGCUGCGAGGUCUUUUGACCCUCGUCCAAAAAUAGCAAGAAUUUAGAGACUUCGACCACAGGCGACUGUUUGAGUACAUACGACUUACGUGGCUGAAGAUUUGAAACAGAUCUUGACAUCAUUACAUGCAAAUCAUCUCAGUAUCGCCUUUUUCCUGACGUCAGCUGCUCCCAACGACGCUGAACAUUCGGAGUGGAAUAGAAACUGGACGGAUGGACGUCUUCACAAGGAUCGAACCACCUUAACUCGGGGUUGCGCUUACCUUUGAAAGUCGGCGUGGCUUUCGGGAUUCUGCAGUUUACAUUCAAAAACGAAUGCAUAAAUAAAACUCCUAAACGAGUGUUGCAACAAUGAAGGCAAUAUCGCUCAAAUUGAAAAUGAUUUGACAGGAGGUGCACCAGGAGAAUCUCGUGAGAUACAAGAAAUAUUCAAUACAAAAUGACCAAAUUCUACCUUUACCAGUAUCCUAGUGCGCAAUGUUUAUUGACACUGCCAAAAAUAGGAAUUUAGCUGUUUAUCAUCAUGGUAUUGUUUUGAUGCCGUUACAUGUAAUGUGUGUCUAACAAUAAUAAACUAUUCAAAUG